AUGUCCGAGGAUAAUAUUGGUUCUAAUCAAGAACAUCUUCAAAAGGAGAUCAACAAUUCCGUGAAUAAAGAUGCUUUAAAAAAACAAGAACAAGUACAACCUAUUGUAACGAUUGACAAUAAACCAAAAUCCGCUGCUAUUGAAGAUAAUUUUCAAAAACCGGAACAAAAAGAAGAACAAAUAAGUAAUUCAAAGGAGGAAUCGAAAGAGAACUUUAAUGAAGAGCCAAAAGAGGAACGGAAAGUGAAUUAUAACGAGAAGCCAAAAGAGGAAUUGAAGGAGAACCUUGAUGAAAAAUCGAAAGAGAAACUGAAGGAGGAUUCAAAAGAGAAACUUAAGGACGAUCAAAAAGAGGAGUCAAAAGAGAAUAUUAAAGACGAUCUAAAAGAGGAGCCAAAAGAGGAACUUAAAGAGGAAUCAAAAGCGGAUUCAAAAGAAAAACUUAAAGAGGAUUCAAAGGAGGACUCGGAAGAAGAAACGAAAAAGAAAGCAAGUGAAGAAAAUGUUGAAAUAGAAAAAACAGAAGAGCAAAACCACAUUGCAAUUGAUAAGGAGAAAGACAACGAAGGGAAAUUAAGAAAUGAGCCAUUAGAUUCUAAGCAGGAAAAAAUCAGGCAUGAGGAACCAGUGAAGGAAGUCAGUACAGGAGAACCUAAAAAUGGUGAUGCUACUAUUUCUAGUAAUAAUAUUGUUACACAAGAAAGGACACAAGCUAUUGAUGGGAAAAAAGUCAGCAAAGAUGAAAAUAGCAAAAAUACAAUUACUACUGCUGCCACAGAUGAUAAAGCAUUAAACAAAGGAGAAAUUGAGCCACAACAACGACCACCUAUAUCAACAGGUCCUAAUAUAUACACCACCUCGACUAUACUAAAUGAAAACAAUAGUCCGAGAGAUGUACGGUUACUACAUUUAUUAUUAGCAUCCCAAUCUAUUCAUAGAUAUGAAGACACAGUUCCAUUGCAAUUAAUGGAUUUUGCGUAUAGAUAUACUAGAAAUAUUUUAAAAGACGCUGUUGUUUAUAAUGAUUAUGCAAAUGUCAAUAAUGGUAGUUUAACUGUAGAGGAUAUAAGAUUAUCUAUUGCCGCUAGAACUCAAUAUCAGUUUAAACCGACAGCUGCUCCAAAGGAGUUACUAUUACAAUUAGCUCAAGAUAGAAAUAAAAAAAGCUUACCUAAAGUUCCUAAUUCGUGGGGAAUCAGAUUACCACCUGAAAAGUACUGUUUAACUGGUGGUAGCAUCAAUUGGGAUAAAGUUAGCGAUAAAAAUAUAAAUAAAGAAAAGAACUGA